AUGACGAGAAAUUCAGCGCGAACCUCAAUAUUGACAGCAUUUUUGAUGGAAAGGUGCUACCGCUAUUUCGUUUGCUCAUUUCUGCUCCACUUUGUGAUCUACAUUCUGGCGCACGUCUCGUUCACGGCAAAAGAAUGCUUCGAAGCAUUCGUUCUCGACACGUUCCUUCUAAUGCUUGCCGCCAUCGGGACGGCGAAACACAAGCCGCUUCUCAUAUUCCCGUCAUUAAUCGUCAAAUUCGCGCUUCUCUCAACGUCGGUUUUAAUGGCGAUGAUGUGUCUUGGCAACAUAAGCAUUCGAGUGAGGAAUAUGAAGGAUCGGAUGGAGUUUCGACGCUCUCGACAUUAUCCAGAAGUCAUGAAUAUUCUAUUAGAAGAGCAUCCAAGUGUGUGCAUUUGGAUUUACGUGUUCGCCACACUCCUGACAGUUGAUAUCGGCUACACUUUCAAAGCAUUCUACGGGUCGUGCUCAUGCAUCGGUAACGACGUCAAAAAGGACGUCGAGGUGACAUAUUCCGAUUGUGAUCGGAUGGCAACUAUUGAUUUGCAGACACCGCCGCCGCCAUAUUCGGUGUGCGUCUCAUCCAGCAGCCAUCUUCCCACCUAUUCCGAGGCUCUGCGAUCGUGCCGAGCCCAGAUUGCACUCGAGCCAAUCACUCCGGUGCACAAAUCGACGGAGCUCGAGUCUCCGCCGCCGCCGCUGCCGAGAAAUAUUGUAUAA